CUGGCCGGGCAGGCGGGUGGCCCCGGGGUUGCAGCUCUGGCGGCGGCUGCUCCGCCGGCCGGCGACAUGGCCAGCUCCGCAGAGGACAUGCCCAGUGAAGAGGACACGGGCACCUCGGCGGCAGGUGGCAUCCAUCUCCUGGACUUCUCCGACGAGAUCCUGCUGCACAUCCUGAGCCACGUGCCCAGCACUGACCUGGUGCUGAGUGUCCGGCGCACCUGCCGCAAGCUGGCCACUCUCUGCCUGGACAAGAGCCUCAUCCACACCGUGUUGCUGCAGAAGGACUACCAGGCCAGUGAGGACAAGGUGAAGCAGCUGGUGAAGGUGAUCGGCCGCGAGAUCCAACAGCUGAACAUGGCUGGCUGCUACUGGCUGUCGGGCACCACGGUGGAGCAGGUGGCCCGCUGCCGCAGCCUGGUGAAGGUGAACCUGUCGGGCUGCCACCUGACCUCGCUGCGCCUCUCCAAGGUGCUCUCGGCGCUGCAGCACCUGCGCUCGCUGGCCAUCGAUGUGAGCCCGGGCUUCGACGCCACCCAGCUGAGCAGCGAGUGCAAGGCCACCCUGAGCCGCGUGCGCGAGCUGCGGCAGACGCUGUUCACACCCUCGUACGGCGUGGUGCCCUGCUGUACUAGCCUGGAGAAGCUGCUGCUCUACUUCGAGAUCCUGGACCGCACGCGCGAGGGCGCCAUCCUCUCGGGCCAGCUGAUGGUGGGCCAGAGCAACGUGCCGCACUACCAGCACCUGCGCGUCUUCUACGCCCGCCUGGCGCCCGGCUACAUCAACCAGGAGGUGGUGCGCCUCUACCUGGCCGUGCUGAGCGACCGCACGCCCGAGAACCUGCACGCCUUCCUCAUCUCCGUGCCCGGCAGCUUUGCCGAGAGCGGGGCCACCAAGAACCUGCUGGACUCGAUGGCCCGCAGUGCCUGCCUGGACGCGCUGCAGCUGCCCAAGUCCUGGCUGAACGGCUCGGCGCUGCUGCAGCACCUGCGCUUCAGCAACCCGCUCUACUUCAGCUUCAGCCGCUGCGCCCUGUCCGGCAGCCACCUGGUCCAGCGGGUCAUCAACGGCGGCCGGGACCUGCGCAGCUUGGCUAGCCUGAACCUCAGCGGUUGCGUCCACUGCCUCUCGCCCGACGCCCUCUUCCGCAAGGCCGAGGACGACAUUGACAGCGGCAUCCUGGAAACCCUGGUGGGCGCCUGCUGCAACCUGCGCCACCUGAACCUGUCGGCUGCGCACCACCACAGCGCCGAGGGCCUGGGCCGCCACCUCUGCCAGCUGCUGGCCCGCCUGCGCCACCUCCGCUCGCUAGCCCUGCCCGUCUGUGCCGUCGCUGACUCCGCGCCACAGGCUGACCGUGCGCCUGCGCCGCCCGCCAUGCACGCAGUACAGCGUGGCUUCGGCAAGAAGGUGCGCCUGGGCGUGUCCUCAGGCCCCUUCACGGGUCAGUCGGUGCCCCCGCCCACCUCCGUCUUCUGGACGCUGCUGCGGAGCGUGCCCUUCCUGGAGCGCCUGGAGCUUAUUGGCUCCAACUUCUCCUCCGCCAUGCCGCGCAACGAGCCGGCCAUCCGCAACUCCCUGCCCCCCUGCAGCCGCGCACAGAGCGUCGGGGACGCUGAGGUGGCCGCCAUCGGCCAGCUGGCCUUCCUGAGGCACCUGACGCUGGCCCAGCUGCCCAGCAUCCUGACGGGCUCUGGGCUGCUCACCAUCGGCCUGCAGUGCCAGCAGUUGCAGUCGCUGUCGCUGGCCAACCUGGGCAUGAUGGGGAAGGUGGUGUACAUGCCCGCGCUCUUGGACAUGCUGCGGCACUGCAGGCGGCUCAGGGACCUCAGGUUGGAGCAGCCCUACUUCAGCGCCAACUCGCAGUUCUUCCAGGCGCUCAGCCAGUGCUCCCGCCUGCAGCGGCUCUGCCUGGUCUCGCGCAGCGGCACGCUGCAGCCCGACGCCCUGCUGGCCUUCAUGGGCCGCUGCCUGCACGUCAUCAUGUGCCACAUGUUCACAGGGGAGUCCCUCACCGCCUGCAAGAGCCUGCAGCAGACCCUGCUCCGGAGUUUCCAGGCAGAGCGGCCGGCGCUGAACGUGGUCAUCUUCCCACUGCUCCACGAGGGCCUGACCGAUGUCAUCCGCGACGUGCCCCUGGCCCACCUGGAUGAGGUCACCCUCUUCAAGAGCAGAGUAGCUGAGGAGCCGCCCGGCCUCUGGUGGUGAGGGGUCCGCCCGCGGACCGCCCCACUUACCCGCUGCACCACCACCCAGCUGGGAGAGAGGAACCCGCGGCCCACCAGACCCCAGAGCCCCACUUCAUCCCAGCAGGGAGGCUGUCCCUGCACACUGCUCCGCCCCGCCCCCGUAACUCCUGCUUCCCCACGGGGACCUGCGGCAUCUGUUUGGGCUGAGGUGGUGGGAGGGUUGGGUAGAGAUGCCUGUUGCCUCACUGGGUCCUUGCCCCCCACCCCAGGUUCCACAAGACCACCUGACCUUGUGGGGGAUUGGGGUGCAUGUGCACCCUUCCGGAGCCAUCCCCAUGUCCCCACCCAUUGGGCCCCCUGUGACAGGUGAGGCGCCCCCUCCUCCGGGGCAGGCUCAAGCUCUGGGUGCCCGCUAAGACCCUGUCCUUGGGGGUACAUGUGGCUCAGGCCACUUCCUUACAAGUCAUUCUUCAGAUGAAUAUGUGGCUGGCUCAGUGGGACCCUGGGACUUGGGGGCACCCUGGGCUUGGGGGGACCCAGAGCUGGGGCAGCCUGUGCACCUGUGAGUAGUUCCCAUUCCCUACCAGAGGGGCCACAUGAGAGAUUGGGGUGUUCUGCUUAGAGACCUGCUGGCUCCCUCAUGAGUGUAGGUGUGUGUGGGGAGGGAAUUCUGUCCAUGCACACACGUGGUCCAUGCACACACAUACACGUGUGCACUCUUGGCUUCAGUAGUGAUUAAAACCCGGGUCUGGGGAGCGGUUGGAUCCCCCCACUCCUCAUUCCACUACAUUUGGCAAGCUGCGGACAUGCAGUGUGCCAUUCCAGGGACCGGCCUGUGUCCGGCCCGACCGAGGCAGCACCUCACGCAGCCUUCCUGACUGCCUGGCUCCUACCCUGCCCCAUGGGGACUCUGGGGACCUGGCCCAGGGGACUGGCUAGUUCCAAUGGGUCUGGGGUGGAAAGCCUACCAGGCCAUGCCCCUUUGACUGCCACCACCAUCCGCUUCUCUGCGGGGAGCUGGCCUGAGCUGACCUCACAGGAAGGAGCUGGGCAUGCUGGUCUCCUGAGCAAAAGGUGCCUGCAGCUAAUGUGGCUGGGGUGGGAGUCCUGGACAGGAACUGUGGGGUUGGCGCCCCCACCUGAGUGUGAGCUGGCACCCCUGCUCUCCCGGUGGGAUGAAGGCCCCCUCUCGCCUCAUGGUGGGACCUACAGCCCCUUUUUUCACUGCGGGUGAGGUAGGCUUCCUCUCUUCUGAACUUGGGUCAUCCCCACCCUGCCAGAGGAAGUGCCUGCUGAGUCCUCCCUCCCUCCAGGGCCUGACACCAUCCAGGACACUGCCACCCCAGGUCCAUGGUGGAUGAGGGCAUGGGUGCUGGUCAUCUCUGUCAGCUCUUUCAAGUGGCAUCUGGAGACCGUGGUGGUGACAGCGGGGUUCAGGGUGGGGCUGGCCAGCUUGUCCUAGAUGGGGAGGAGGGCCAGGAGCAGAGCGGAGUGUCCUGCAGGCCCCAGACCUACGUGCCGGCCUCGUCCUCUGGGCCUUCUCCCAUGUCUCUUUCACCCUGGGCUUUCCGGCCCCCACCUUGCCCGCCUUCCCCAGGGGAUGACCGGGAAGGUAGCGGUGUCUGCUCUUCAUGCAGCGCCUGGUGGCCAGUCCCCGGGAGUGUCCUGACCAGCAGUGUGGGGUAUGCUGACAAGCCAGGGCAGGGGGCUGGGCUGCAGCCCCCCCAGGGCCAGGCUCACACACUUCUCGUCCCUGCAGCAGCCUCUUCCUUAGAGCAAGAGUCACCACCCACCCGCCCACCCGCCGCCCCGUGCUCAAGCCGGAUUCACCAGAUGUUAAUAAUGUGCUUAUUUUCGCUAAGUGCUGUUUUGGCACUGGUGUUAAUUGCAAUUUAUAUUCUGCAGCAUUUGAUGCUGGGAAGGCGCCCACCCCUAAUGGUCCCUAGCUGGCAGCAGGGGCUGUGGCGCAGUGGAGACCGUAUGCUGCCAGCUGAGGGGGACGCAGCUUGCGCCUGGUCAGCAGGAGCACUACGUGUGCCUGUGUGCCUGCAUGCAUGGGUGUUUGUGUGUGUGUGUGCAUGCUGUGUACAUACAGUCCCACGUGGAUGUGCAUAGGUGAAAGUGUGCGUGUAGGCUGUGAAUGUACAAUUGUGUGUGCGUGUGUGAGGGAUUGUGCAUGCGUGCUGUGUGUGUGCACAUUACGUGCUCGUGAGUACGUGUGAGGACACUGCACAUGAGGUGUGUGCACCUCCAUCCACUCGCAUGUGAGUGUCAGUCGUGUGAAUAUGUAUAGGUGUUCGUGUGUGCACAUGCUUGUGUGUGUGUGUGUGUGAGUACCCCGUGCACGUAUGGGGUUGUGUAAU